AUAACUAAAGUUCUAAAUUGGAUUUUUGCAUCUGUUCAUGUGCUUUACUUUUCCUUUCACUUUGGGGUUAAUAAUUUUGCAUCGUGGCAAAAUAAUUAUUGAACCAUAUGAAACUGACUGUAGCAUUGAAGAGGUUUGUCAAAGUUCAUGAUAUUUUAAAUAAACUAUUGCAUAAGGAGUUUCUUUCAAACGUUGUAACCAAAAGGACCAUUUGCAUCACCCCUUUUUUGGACCAGUGGGGUAAAAAUAAGAAGCAUAGAAACGUUAAAUUGAACAUAUAUUUUGAUACAAUGGUAGACCCUUACAUUGAGAAAACUUUGGCUCCACUCAGAGCUAGUGUAAAAGAACAGGGUGAUUUGGUCCGUCAACUAAAAUCUGAUGGAGCGCCUGUGUUGGAUGUUAAGAAAGCAGUGUUGGAACUUAGAGCCAGAAAAAAAGUUCUUGAAGAUACAGAACUUAGUCUGGCUCCGAAUUCAACUUUUGAUAGGGCAAAAAUGGAGGACCUUCUCAAACGAAGAUUCUUUUAUGACCAGAGUUUCGCAAUAUAUGGGGGUAUCACAGGACAGUUUGAUUUUGGACCAAUGGGGUGUGCUUUCAAGUCAAAUUUACUCCAAGCAUGGAGACAGUUCUUUGUUUUAGAAGAACAGAUGUUAGAAGUAGAUUGUUCAAUUUUGACUCCAGAACCAGUUCUUAAGGCUUCGGGGCAUGUAGACAGGUUUGCCGAUCUCAUGGUGAAAGAUACUAAAACUGGAGAGUGUUUCAGAUUGGAUCAUUUGAUAAAGGCACAUUUGGAAAAAAUUGCUGCAGACAAGAAAACAACUCAGGAAACUAGGGAUGAAUGUAUUGAUAUUAUAAUAAAGCUUGAUGGCAUGAACAAAACAGAAAUGGCUGAGGUAAUGACUAAAUUCAGUAUGAAGAGUCCUGUUACUGGCAAUGACUUGACCGAACCUAUUGAAUUCAAUUUGAUGUUUGGAACCCAAAUAGGACCGUCAGGGCUCAUCAAAGGAUUCUUGAGACCUGAGACUGCUCAGGGUAUAUUUGUGAAUUUCAAACGUCUCCUCGAAUUCAAUCAAGGAAAACUACCUUUUGCUGCAGCACAAAUAGGAAAUGCAUUUCGUAAUGAAAUAUCUCCAAGAUCUGGUCUCAUCAGAGUUCGAGAGUUCACAAUGGCAGAGAUAGAACAUUUCUGUGAUCCAAACGAAAAACAACAUCCUAAAUUCGAUAGCGUAAGAGAUACCGAACUGCUCCUCUAUUCAGCCUGCAAUCAAAUGGAUGGCAAACCAGCUGAAAGAUUAACUAUCGGAGAAGCUGUUGAUAAUUCUUUGGUUGCAAAUGAAACUUUGGGUUACUUCAUGGCCAGAAUCCAGAAGUUUAUGGUCAAAUGUGGUGUUGACCCCUCAAGGCUUCGAUUUAGACAGCACAUGUCUAAUGAAAUGGCUCAUUAUGCCUGUGACUGUUGGGAUGCUGAGUGUUUGACAAGUUAUGGAUGGGUGGAAUGUGUCGGCUGUGCUGAUCGAUCUGCUUAUGAUCUCACUCAACACUUUAAAGCAACAGGAGUGAGGUUAGCUGCUGAAAAAAAAUUGGCAGAGCCUAAAAUAAUAGAUGUUGUAGAAGCAUCACCAAAUAAAGGUAUAAUAGGAAAAAUCUUCAAAAAAGAUGCCAAAGGUAUUACAGAUGCCUUGACUAAUCUCCAAAUUGAAGAACUUGCAAUACUAGAAGAGAAAUUGGAAACUGAAGGGUAUGUUGCUCAAAGAGAUUACUCUCAUUCAAUGGAUAUUAUCCCUCCUAGUUUAACCAAAUUUACCAUAUUAUUUUGGGAAAUAAAGUUUUUGGCUUUCUAUUACUCCAUCUUGAUACAAAAAAUGUACAUUAUAUUUUUCAUAUUUUCAGCUGCCGAUCUAACUAAAGUUGAUGUUUCCCAUAAAGUAGAUGACAGUUCUGGAUCUAUAGGGAGACGGUAUGCCAGAACAGAUGAAAUUGCUAUACCCUAUGGUAUUACAAUAGACUUUGAUACACUGAAAGAACCACACAGUGUUACACUGAGGGAAAGAGACUCCAUGGGACAAGUGAGAAUACCGCUCGAUGAAAUUGCAUCCACAAUUCACAAUCUCUCUUAUAAUAAAGAGAGCUGGAGUGAUAUAGAAGAAAAGUAUCCAAGGUUUGAACAGCAAGAAAAUAAAGCAGUAUAGUGAUAAUGAAUCCAAUGCAUUUUAUACAAUAUCACAAUGUUGUAGCUUAAGCUCAAAGCCGUACUUUCUAUUCAAUUCAAAAUAUAUUUGAAUGAAGAAAGUACUAUUUCUUUAUUAAAUAUUAUUCAAAUAUACCAUCAUAUUUAAA